AAAAAAAAAAAAAACGAAAAAAAAAAGGGAAACUCAAAAAAAGGAAAAAAAGAAAAUUAAAAAACGAAAAGGGGAGCGUAUCGAGAGCGAGCGAUAAAACCUAAACCAUCGUCGCGGAGGUACCAAAUCCCCUCCGAUCUCUCUAAAACCCUAUUCCCCUUUUAAGGUUUCGCUCCCACGCGAUCUCCCCCCUCGUAAUUUGUUCGCGUUUGUUCUUAGAUUUGUGGUCGAUUGAGUAAAAUGAUCGAUUGAGGUGAAACACUUUGAAUUUCAGCUGAUCAAGGAUGGAAUAGCGAUAUAUGAAAUUUCAGGGAUUACGAUGUUGAAAUGAAAAGUUCAUGGGCUAAAGUCGCAGAAUCGGGAUAAUGUUUGAAGAGGAGUGCUUGAUGAUUAAACGGAAUGGCAUCUGAGACCCUUCAUAUCAGCAGGCAAAAGGGCAGUGAUUUCUGUCAGGAGAACAAAAUACAUGAUCCUAUUGAGCAAGUGGAUUGUCAGAACAGCUGCUCUAGCUUUUGCCAGUGCAGUAAAAGAUCUGCAUCAGAUGGAAGCACCUUUUGUUUUAGAGAAAGAUGUUCUGGACAAAAGCUUGUAGAAGAUGAAAAUGAUGGGCCUGGCAAAAUAAAUCCCAUCGACUCUAAUGUUUUAUCUGAACCAACGAUACGACAUGUAGAGAAUGCUGAUGAAAAUGCUUGUUCACAUUGUGAAAAUGAGAGUUGCAAGGCGUGUGGUGCUAUGCAACCACAGGACUAUAGGAGGACUCAUAAGGGCAAUUCUGCCAAUUCAUUACAAGAUCUAUUUUUGCAAGAUAAUUAUGAUGAUGGAGAAGAUGAUGAUAGUGACUGGGAACCCGUCAGUCAUCUUCUUAUCAAGAAGUGGUUCUGUUAUAACUGUACAAUGCCAAACUUUGACGACGUUUUUCAUUGCGAUGUAUGUGGUGAGCAUAGGGAAUCCCAAGUAAGAGGGUAUGAUACUUUCCUUAAACAUAUUGGAGAGAAAGUUCAGGUUUCUGUUGACUCAGAUACUAUUUGCAGCUUUCCGGACACAGCAUCAUCAUCAAAAUCAUGUACAGCCUUUGGCUUUGAUGAGAGAAUGUUACUUCAUUCAGAAGUUGAGGUGAAACCUCAUCCACACCCUGAGAGACCCGAUCGCCUUAGAGCGAUUGCAUCCAGCCUUGUUGCUGCAGGUAUAUUUCCUGGAAAGUGCUCCUUAAUAGCUGCUAGGGAAAUAAGUCAAGAAGAGCUUAUGAUGGUGCACACUUUGGAUCAUAUUGAAGCAGUUGAAGAAACAAAGAAUAUGCUCUCUAGCUACUUCACUUUGGACACGUAUGCUAAUGAACACUCAGCAUGUGCUGCAAGGCUUGCUGCGGGAUUAUGUGCUGAUCUUGCUUGCUUAAUAAUAUGUGGCCACUCCAAGAAUGGUUUUGCUUUGGUAAGGCCGCCUGGGCAUCAUGCAGGUGUAAAACAAGCCAUGGGUUUUUGCCUUCACAAUAAUGCAGCAGUGGCAGCAUUGGCUGCGCGAAGAGCAGGAGCCAAGAAAGUUUUAAUUGUUGAUUGGGAUGUACACCAUGGCAAUGGCACACAAGAAAUAUUUGACGGGAACAACUCGGUUCUGUAUAUAUCUUUGCAUCGACACGAGGGUGGAAGAUUCUACCCUGGUACUGGAGCAGCUGAUGAGGUUGGUAUUAAUGGUGCUGAAGGAUAUUCUGUCAAUAUUCCUUGGAGCCGUGGUGGAGUGGGUGAUAAUGAUUACUUCUUUGCUUUCCAGCAUGUUGUUCUUCCUAUAGCUUCAGAGUUUGCUCCUGAUAUCAUCAUUAUAUCUGCAGGAUUUGAUGCAGCGCGGGGUGAUCCCCUUGGCUGUUGUGAUGUUACACCAGCUGGUUAUGCACAGAUGGCGGACAUGUUGGCUAAUAUUUCAGAGGGUAAAUUGUUGGUUAUUCUUGAGGGAGGAUACAAUCUUCAUUCAAUAUCAUCUUCAGCUACAGCAGUGGUUAAGGUACUAGUUGGAGAGAAACCAAGCUAUGAUUUGAGCAACGUCAUGCCAUCAAAAGCAGGGCUGCGGACUGUUAUGGAAGUAUUGAAAAUUCAGCUGAAGUAUUGGCCGGUUUUAGAAUCGCACUAUACAGCGCUGCAGGCGCAAUGGGGCCCACUUUCAUGGAACAAUAGGCACCAGCCGAAGAAGAGGCGACAUUUGAUCGGACCAAUUUGGUGGCAGUGGGGGAGUAAGAGAUUUGUGUAUGAACUAUUAUACGGGCGUCCCCAUCUAAGAGAUUUAAAGAGAAUACGCCGACAGCAGUAAGGCGCAACACGGGCAAAGCUGGUGGUCGUCAAUGUGCUGAUUCUGAAAAAUUUAUAUGAAAAAAGGUAAAAUUAUGUCUGCACCUUUAUUCGUUGUAUUGCCAAAAGGAGUUUGAACGUUUUAACUCCGUGCAGUGGGACGUGCAGAUUGUGCGUCAAAUUUUGCUUUAACAGUAACUUGUUAUAGCUGAAAUUCUUGUGCUACAUGGCGUAGGUAAACAAUUGUAGUAAUUACAGUAGUGAUUCCGAAUUUGGAGAUUUUCAGUUUACAUUGUGAGGAGGCUUUUAAAUAUUAUUGUAGGAUUGCAUAAAUCGUAUGUCACUGUAUUAGUUAUGAGAAAUUCUUGCCAGUGCUACUGCAAAAA